AUGGAACUCUCUAUGAGCAAAGCAGUCCAUAGUCAAGUAUGUUCAAUAAAUGCUGUACUCUCUAUUCCCUCAUUGGAAAUUCUGUGUGUGUGUGUGUGUGUGUGGGGGGGGGGGGUGUUAAGUUGCUUCAGUCGUGACCAACUUUGUGUGACCCUAAAGACUAUAGACCAUCAGUCUCCUCUGUCCAUGGGAUUUUCUAGGCAAGAAUACUGGAGUGGGUUGCCAUUUCAUCCUCCAGGGGAUCUUCCCAACCCAAGGAUCAAACUCACGUCUCUUAUGUCUCCUCCAUUGGCAGGUGAAUUCUUUACUACUAGCACCACCUGGGAAGCCCCCAUUUCGGAGAUUACGCUUUGGGAAAGCUAUUCUAAAUGUAAAAACAAUGGUAUAUACAAUCAUUUUAAGAACAUCAAUGUAUUUCAUUAA